GCAACCGAUUGCUGACUGAGGGAAGAGAGCCUUCGGCCUCAGGAAGUCGGGUCGUUGUGCGUGAGAAGAGCGGGGAGGCUGAAGCGAGACAAGCAUCUCUCUGAGGGGACAUCCCUGAGAGAGGGUGGCGGGCUCCGGCGACCCUUGCGCUCCCCAAACUCGCUGCAUGCUUACGGGGCAGGUCACUGUCCAGCCACAGCCCUGCUGAGAUUUCAGUGCGCAAUUUUGAGGGUCCCACCUUCGGCGGGCCUGCAUGCGUGCAGGGUGGAAGCCAUCCUAAGGCUCCCCUAGAUCUGACACAAGGCCAAGAACCGGCUGUGGGCCACCUCCCUCCCAUCGGUGUCUUUCGCUCCGCAGCAAGACCCACUGGAAGUGAGUCUUGCUUCCAAUCGCCCUUGGAAGACGACGGUGUAGAGUUCCUGGAGCCUGUGAACUGUGAGUGGCGCCAACCGUUGACUUACGAAAAUAAGUGCAGGGAAUAUCACUGCCUGCUUCCCAACCUUGGAAGCUCACAGCAGAAAGGUUGCUGAAGACAGACCUGGAAGACGUGCUAAGGCAGAAGUUACGAGAUUUUGUAACACUUUAGGAAAAGACAUCAUGUCAAGUGGAGAUGACCAGCAGUCACAGGCUUUUACCAAGCCCACUUUUACUGAGGCACAAGCCUCUGCACUGGUGGAAUCCAUAUUUGGGUUCAAAGUGUCUAAGAUCCAGCCCCUUCCCAGCUAUGACGACCAAAACUUUCACGUUCACAUUUCAAGAAGCCAAGAGACUACAGAUGACCCAGUUGAAUAUGUCCUCAAAAUAAGCAACACGAAGUCUAGUCAAACUCCAGACCUGAUUGAAAUGCAGAACCAUAUCAUCAUGUUUCUGAGAGCAGCUGGAUUUCCAACAGCCUCUGUGUGCCAAACUAAAGGGGACAACACGAUCUCUCUCAUGUCCAUUGACAGUGGAUCUGAAAUCAAAAGCUACCUGGUCAGAAUGCUCACUUACCUCCCAGGAAGACCAAUCGCUGAGGUUGCCACCAGCCACCAGCAGUUAUAUGAAAUAGGAAGGCUGGCUGCCCGAUUGGAUAAAGCCCUGGAGGAAUUCCACCAUCCAAAGUUAAAUCUUCUUCAUCGGGAGAACUUCAUCUGGAAUCUGAAAAACGUCCCUCUUCUAGAGAACUACAUGGGUGCCCUGAGCCAAAGUCGGAACCGAGAGAUUGUUGAACAGGUCAUCCAGCUGUUCAAGGAAGAAGUGAUGACCAAAUUAAGUCAUUUCCGAGAAUGUAUUAAUCAUGGUGACCUUAAUGACCAUAACAUUUUAGUAGACCUCAGCAAGUCAGCCUCUGGAGAUGCCGUGUAUCAAGUCUCUGGGAUUUUAGACUUCGGUGACAUGAGCUAUGGCUACUAUGUGUUUGAAGUGGCCAUCACCAUCAUGUACAUGAUGAUCGAAAGCACAAACCCUAUACAAGUAGGAGGUCACGUCCUCGCGGGGUUUGAAAGUGUGAUCCCCCUGACCGCUGUAGAGAGGGAUGCCUUGUUCUUACUAGUAUGUGCUCGUUUUAGUCAGUCUCUUGUCAUGGCCACAUACUCCUGCCAGCUGUACCCAGAGAACAAGGAGUACCUCAUGAUCACAGCAAAAACCGGAUGGAAGCAUUUACAGCAGAUGUUUGACAUGGGCAAGAAAGCCGUAGAAGAAAUCUGGUUUGAAACUGCCAAGUCCUAUGAAGCUGGGAUCUCCAUGUGACAGAUGUGGUAAAAAAUUAAAGCGCUCAAAACUCCCUGAUGGGUGCACACCCACUCAUCACUACCCACUCUCAAUGCUCCGGACUCCCGAGUGAAAGUCAGACAUUGACAGCCUUAUUUUUAAUAUGCCCUAAGCAGGUCAAUGGCUGGGCCACUCCCUAAUGCCACUUGGCUAACACACACUCCCCUCCAAUAUUCCUGAGUUAGUACUUACUAAAAUCUGUGUUUUGUCUUUGCUACCCUGGACCUUGCUGGGCAGCCCUCCUGGGCCGCUUCCCCCGUGUACCUACUUGUCAGCAAUCGCUCCCUUCUGCAUCUUUCCGCGUGGCCUGUCUCCCAGGCCCUCGUUAUGGUGGCAGAAUCUCUUCCUCUCUGUCCCUUUCCAGGAAUCCUAAAAGUCCCCGCUCUGUCUCUCUGCCCUGGUAAUUUUAUUGGCCACUGGUAAUUUUAUUGACCAGUCAAAGACCAACUGGGGGACAGGAUUCCUUUAGUCCUACCUGUGGGACACUAUAUACAGGUUUGGUUUUUUUUUUUUUGUAACAUAAUUAGAAUAAUUACAAGCCACUACAUGUGACCGUAGAAAAGUUUGCAUUAACUAAAACUCAGUUGGGCCUAGAUCAGAUUUAUGAAGGAUUUUUGUGCAAAGUUAAAACUGAAAUGGUAAAACAGCCACUCAAUGAAUUGGCGAGGGAAGAUCUAGCUUUUCCAGCACUCUUAGGACUGUCCUUUACACGUAAGAAAGUACUGCAUGAUGAACCCUCAACCUCAGCACUACAGAAAGCAAAGAAACCCACACACGUGUCACCCACGGGAGCAUGUCUGUGUGCAGGUCCUGCUUGCCUCUUACAAAGGAACAUACAUGAUGAUCCAUGAUUUGUCACCAGUCUCUGAAGACCUAUUCCAGUCCUUCAACCAAUGACUUUUAAACUUUGAAAAGAAUACAUAUGUAUAGCUAUAUUAAUUUGUUUUUGUUUUUGUUUUUUGGAGGCAGAGUUUCUUGGCUGCCUUGAACUCCCAAAUCUACAGAGAUCCUGUUGCCUCUGUCUCUCAAAUGCUGGGAUUAAAGGUGUCCACCACCUCACACAUAUUCACAUAUUUUAAAUAAUCCACGUUUUAAAUACCCAGUCUACAUCACUAACUCUAUGAAUUCUUCCUUAAUCUCACCUCU